UACAAAACAUACUAACAAUGCGUUUGUAUUUAAUUGUUUUAAUUCCCAGAAAAAUCUGUUUGUUUGCGAGUAAACCGAUUUGAAGUGCCGGCGGCCGUCGCGAAGGGACAGUCAGUGUCUCUUCACUGCGAUUUCGAUCUCGAAGACGACGAACUCUAUUCCGUUAAGUAUUAUAAGGAUUACGUCGAGUUCUAUAGCCAAAUUAGUCGUAUUGGAGACAAACACUGGUGUAAUGAAAGAGUGGCUUCACUUCACUCUAUGAUGUGUUCGCCUUCUUAUAGAGUGAGAGCACCGGCAGAGUUGGCUGAGUUGGGUGUGUCUUCACCUCCAACUCAAACUAAAAGGCAGAUUAGCCUCAUAUCUGAACCGCACGAUCAAAAUACUGGAAAAGAGUCUCUCGCCGCACGAUAUUUCACGUCAAAGUCAAUCCUUUAUUACUCGGAUGGUAUGUACGCCUGUGAGAUCAGUACCGAAGAGGUUCCGAAA